AUGGAUUUCAUCAAGACCAGUUCCCUGCGUGCUCUGAUUGAGUUAACUUUCCAACGCAACUGGAACGGCCUCAUUUGGAUGAGUAGAAAAGGAGUUACAACCAAAAGAGUGAAGACUGUCCAGACGGCUCUAUCGAGAAUCAGCGCCCAAACCGCGCAGUCCGGCUGGCCGAGGAACGAACGUUUCACGCUCGGCCAAAUCACAUCCGUCCGUCUGAAGUCUCGGCCAAAGUCCAAACCAUCGGCCGAUCACGCAUCACGACCCGGGAAACAUGCCCGCGGUCGGCCACGCCACAACCGCUCACGCCAUGCCGCGCACGACCAUGCCGCGCGAGCCGGGAAAAAGCCUCGCGGCCGCGCAACCUUCUCGCGUACCACACCACGAAUCCGUCCGGACACGACCGUUCCAAUCGUACUAAGACGGCCAUGA